UCCCUGGCUUUGACCGUAGUGUCUUCAGGGAUGGGCGGGGGAUGUGAUGGGUUGCUUCAUUGGCUUGGAUAUGGAUUGGCGACCAAUCAAAGAGGAACAAAAAAAACCCACUGAUGAAGUGAGCAGUGAAGCUUAAUGAAUGCAGAUGCUUCCGAAGCAGCAUCUUGGCCAUCCUGCUCAACUGCGUGACUCUGGGGAUGUUCCAGCCCUGUGAUGACACACACUUCCUGUUGCAGGCGCUGGACGACGGCAUCUUUGUGUUUUUCGCUGGGGAGAUGCUGGUCAAGAUGGUGGCUCUGGGGAUCAUCGGUCAUAACGGUUACCUAGGAGACACAUGGAACCGACUGGACUUCUUCAUUGUCAUCGUGGGGAUGUUGGAGUACUCGCUGGAUGGACACAAUGUUAGCCUGUCGGCAAUUCGCACUGUGCGUGUCCUUCGCCCACUCAGGGCCAUCAACAGGGUUCCCAGUAUGCGCAUCCUGGUAACGCUCCUGCUGGACACGCUCCCCAUGCUAGGCAACGUGUUGGCGCUGUGCUUCUUCGUCUUCUUCAUCUUCGGCAUCGUGGGCGUGCAGCUUUGGGCGGGGCUCCUGAGGAACCGCUGUUUCAUGGGGGAGGAUGUCAAGACGAGGUACAACAUCUCUUUCCUGAGCAUUUACUACCGCCCGGGGGGCACGGAGGACCACCCGUUCAUCUGCUCGGCAGAACGGGACAACGGCAUGCUGCGCUGUUCCGACGUGCCCCGCCGCCGCGUGGCCGGGACGUCCUGCUUCCUGGGGGCAGAGGACGCCCGUCCCGCAAGGGCGGCGGUGGCGGCGGAGGCUGCGGCGGCGGGAGGGGGUGGAGUGUCAUGCGUCAACUGGUACCAGUACUACAAUGAGUGUCGCGCCGGCGAGAUGAACCCGCACAAGGGAGCCAUCAACUUUGAUAACAUUGGAUAUGCAUGGAUUGCCAUUUUUCAGGUAAUUACCUUGGAAGGCUGGGUGGACAUCAUGUAUUACGUAAUGGAUGCCCACUCUUUCUACAACUUCAUCUACUUCAUCUUCCUUAUUAUAGUGGGCUCCUUUUUCAUGAUCAACCUGUGCCUGGUGGUCAUAGCCACCCAGUUCUCAGAGACCAAGCAACGAGAGCACGCUCUGAUGAAGUCGGAGCAGCGCGCCCGCCAACUCCACCAGUCGGCGUCCACUCUGGCCAGCGACAGCCAACCGGGAAGCUGCUACGAGGAGAUCAUCCGCUACCUGGCGCACUUGGGCCGCAAAGCGUUCCGGCGUCUGUCCCGACGAGUCGCCCGGGUCGCCGCCGGCCUCCGCUGCGCCUGCGCGAUACGCCGCCGGGAUCGAGGCGUCGCGGAGAUGAACGGGCUGGCGCACCGGCAUUCAGGUCACGUCGCCGGGGACCUGUCGCACCUUCAUCAGAUGUAUCAUCAGCGACAUCCGACACCGCCGGUACCGGAGCGUCGCCUCAGUAACGGAGGCUUUAAUUAUCCAGUCAUAUCACCACUCCUCGCUCACCUGGAUGCAAAGAGUCAGCAUCACAAGAGAUUGGUCACCAUGGAGACCGUCAACAGGCCGCCACAGCUCGUGCUGGAACACGGCGGUUGCACAGCUCAGCCUGCGUUACCGUUGCCGGGCGAGGUCCCCGUCGAGUCGUCACCCUGUCCGUACUGCAGCUACUACAACCAACUGUGCGACUCCCAAAAUGAGGCUUCUGAUGAACAUCAUCAUCAGCGAGGCCCCGUGAGCAGCCCCCCAUUGCCACCGCAGCCGCAUUGCAAGAGCCUGGAACCCUGCAGUGGCCCCGGCCUCCGCCUGGGUGAGGGGCGUGUGUGGCCCCUGUGGCGGGCGUGCAUUCGAUGCUGGGCUGAACUCAGGAGCAAGCUGGAGCGCAUUGUGGGCAGCAGAUAUUUCAACAGAGGCAUCAUGAUUGCUAUUCUCAUCAACACGCUGUCCAUGGGAAUAGAGUAUCAUGAGCAGCCACAGGAGCUGACGGACGUUUUGGAGAUCAGCAACAUGGUGUUCACGAGUCUCUUCAGCCUGGAGAUGCUGUUGAAAGUCCUCGCCCUCGGCCUCUUCGGCUACAUCAAGAACCCUUACAACGGCUUCGACAGCGUCAUCGUCAUCAUCAGCGUGUGGGAGAUUGCGGGCGAGGCGGAGGGAGGUUUGUCCGUGCUGCGUACCUUCCGUCUGCUGAGGGUUCUGAAGCUGGUGCGCUUCCUGCCAGCCCUGAGGAGGCAGCUGGUGGUGCUCAUGAAGACCAUGGACAACGUGGCCACCUUCUGCAUGUUGCUCAUGCUCUUUAUAUUCAUCUUCAGUAUUUUGGGGAUGCAUUUGUUUGGAUGUAAAUUUGGUUUGCGACAAGACAGCGGAGACACGCUACCCGACAGAAAGAACUUUGACUCACUGCUUUGGGCCAUAGUCACUGUCUUCCAGAUCCUGACUCAGGAGGACUGGAACGCCGUCCUGUACAACGGCAUGGCGUCCACCACGCCGCUCGCUGCCCUCUACUUUGUUGCCCUCAUGACCUUCGGCAACUACGUGCUCUUCAACUUGCUGGUGGCCAUUUUGGUUGAGGGCUUCCAGGCAGAAGGCGACGCCAGCCGAUCGGAGUCGGACGACGAGGGCCAGUCGCUGUCUUACGACGAAGAGGAGAAGCUGAGGGAGCUGUACGCAGCAGAGCUGAAGAUCCAGGCCAUGAUCAACAGCCCCAACGGCCUCCUGAACCCCAGGGCCUCCAGACCACCGCCCCUUUCCCUGCCAGUCAUCACGCACACUGCAGCCACGCCCACCAUAAUCUACGGUCAAUCACGGCGUGCUAGUGCCGCCUCUGUGGUAGACAGCCUUGAGCAGCAGAGGUCGCCGCCUCCGUGGGACGGUGUCCUUGAGAGCCGCCGCUCCAGCUGGGCCAGCCUGGGCCGGGCCCCCAGCAUUCACCGUAGGAGCCAAUCGGGGGAGAUGGAGUCGCUGCUGUCUGACGGCUACACCGCCUCCGACGCCGGCGGCAGAGAGGCGUCCGUGGACACGCCCGACUACCUGCAGGUGCCCGUUCUGCACACGCCCGACUGCAACGGGGCCGCUGCCUUCCACCUGCCCGACUACGCUUGCGACGACACGCUCCAGACGUCGCUUUACCACACGCACCAGGAGGAUGAGGAUGUGGAAGAGACUUUGUACCAGAAACUGAGAAAACUGGUGGAACCCUACGAGCCUCAGUGGUGCGUGGAGCACGAGGAUUGGUCGCUCUACGUUUUCGCUCCACACAACCGUUUCAGGCUGUGGUGCCAGAAGACAAUCGGACACAAGUUGUUCGAUCACAUCAUCUUGCUCUUCAUCUUCCUUAACUGCAUCACCAUCGCGCUGGAGAGGCCCGACAUUCAGCCACACAGCAUGGAGCGAGUGUUCCUGAGCGUAUCCAAUUACAUCUUCACUUUGAUCUUCGUUGGCGAAAUGACGAUCAAGGUGGUGGCGAUGGGCAUGUACUUCGGCAAGGGUGUGUAUCUGCAGAGUAGCUGGAACGUCCUGGACGGGGUCCUGGUUUUUGUAUCCUUGGUGGACAUCCUGGUGUCUGUGGUGUCGGCGGGUGGGAAUCGAAUCCUGGGCAUCCUGCGCGUACUGCGGCUGCUGCGCACCUUGCGACCGCUCAGGGUAAUCAGUCGGGCUCCGGGUCUGAAACUGGUGGUGGAGACGCUCAUCACAUCACUCAGACCUAUCGGGAACAUCGUCCUCAUCUGCUGUGCUUUUUUCAUCGUGUUUGGGAUUCUGGGGGUUCAGUUAUUCAAAGGCAAGUUCUUCCACUGUGACGGCUACAACGUGACCAACAUCGCCAACAAAACUCAGUGCUUAGAUGCAGGACACCGUUGGCUACGCAGGAAGUACAACUUUGACAACCUGGGACAGGCCCUGAUGUCUCUGUUUGUGCUGUCAUGUAAAGACGGCUGGGUCAGCAUCAUGUACGACGGCCUUGACGCUGUCGCUGUGGACCAGCAGCCGAUCCGCAACAACAACCCGUGGAUGCUGCUCUUCUUCAUCUCCUUCCUGCUCAUCGUCAGCUUCUUCGUGCUCAACAUGUUUGUGGGCGUGGUGGUGGAGAACUUCCAUAAGUGUCGACAGCAGCAGGAGGAGGAGGAGGCCAGACUCCGCGAGGAGAAGCGACGGAGGCGUCUGGAGAAGCGGAGACGCAAGGCCCUGGAGAAGCCAUACUACGCCGACUACUCUCCGCUGCGUCGCUCCAUCCAUAGCGUGUGCACCAGCCACUACCUGGACCUCUUCAUCACCAUUAUCAUCUUGACCAACCUGCUUACCAUGAGCAUGGAGCACUACAACCAGCCCCAGUACCUGGUGGAGAUCCUCAAGUACUGCAACUACAUCUUCACAGUGGUCUUCGUCAUCGAGGCCAUCCUCAAGCUCAUCGCGUUUGGCCUUCGUCGCUUUUUCAAAGAAAGAUGGAACCAGUUGGACCUGGCCAUCGUGCUGCUGUCCAUCAUGGGAAUCACGCUGGAAGAAAUCGACCUGAACGCCUCGCUGCCCAUUAACCCCACCAUCAUCCGCAUCAUGAGGGUGUUGAGGAUCACGCGAGUUCUGAAGCUGUUGAAGAUGGCCACGGGAAUGCGAGCUCUGCUGGACACGGUCAUACAAGCGCUGCCUCAGGUGGGGAAUCUGGGUCUGCUCUUCAUGUUGCUGUUCUUCAUCUAUGCAGCUCUGGGAGUUGAGCUCUUUGGAAAACUGGAGUGUUCCGAGGAGAACCCGUGCGAGGGCCUCAGCCGUCACGCCACCUUCGACAACUUCGGUAUGGCCUUCCUCACGCUCUUUCGAGUAUCCACCGGGGACAACUGGAAUGGGAUCAUGAAGGACACGCUGCGCGACUGCCGCCCAGAGGACCGUCACUGCCUCACCUACCUGCCGUUGAUCUCGCCCGUCUACUUCGUCACGUUCGUGCUCACGGCUCAGUUCGUGCUGGUCAACGUGGUGGUGGCCGUCCUCAUGAAGCACCUGGAGGAGAGCAACAAGGAGGCGCAGCUGGAGGAGAUGGAGGAGAGGCGGGAGCGCGAGGAGGCCGCCCGCAGGAACAGCGCCGCAUCGGGGGGCGGGGACCCCGCCGCCCCCAACGGUGACGCGCCCACGCAGGUGCAGGUAGAGGAUGAGGAGCGUUGCCACUGCAAUCUGCUGACCAUCGGCCGCAUGCUGUCGCUGCCCAUCGACAGCUACAGCCAGCAGCCGCUCAGAUGCCCGCCAUACCCGCUGGUUGGCGUCGAGGCCUACUCGGCCUACAGCUACUCAGGCUCCAUGUCGUCGCUGGGCUCCAGCGGGGGCGGCUCCCUGCUGCAGGUCCCGGGCGCCCUCCCCGCCAUCAGCCACGCCUCGCUGGGCUACGGACGCAGCAGCCGCCCCACGAUCCGCCUCAGUAGCUCCCAGAGCAUCGACAGGGGCUCGCCCCACCGUGGCGGCCCGUCAAACCGACACCGACUGGACUCGGCUCACAGCGUGGACGGAUGCCGGUUCAGCCCCGCCCGGGUCGCCGACCGACGCCGACUGAGCUCCACACACAGCGUGGAUGGAUACAGGGUCGGUGCAGAGAGCUCCAAGAUGGUAUCGAGCUGUAGUAUAGACCGACAUCCCUCACUCAGGCUGAGUCCUCUGCACGGGGCUUUAAGGGGGCCCUCUCAUUGGCUAAGCCCUGAGGGGAGUCUGGAUCGCAACAAGCUGAGCCCCUCGUACGUCCCCGAGAGUUCGGUGCUCAAGAGGCCGGCGUCCUUCCGUGCUGCUGGUAGACAGCUGCGCAGACAAGAGGCCGUGCGUUGCGAUUCUCUGGAUCAGAGCGGCUCGGCUGACAACAUGUCGGACGGCCGCCUCUCCGUAUCUGCCACCGCCCAUUCUUCUUCUACGCCACCCCGCCAGCGCUCAUCCAGCGUCCACACAUUGAAGUACACUCAACCGCAGAGGGUCAUCUCAUGCCGGAGUCGCGGUGACACGGCGAGAUCCGAACCCGGGCCCGAGUCGGACCUAGCGGAAAAAGACUCAGUAGGGUUGGAGCCCCAGGUGGCGGACGACGCGGACGAGGAAGUGUGCCGCAUCAACACGCACUCGCACAGACAUCUCACGCCCAAUCCUGACGAGGCCCGCGGUCGCCUCAGCCAAUCGGUGUCGCCGGUGUCGUGCCGGAUUAGGAAGGAGCGAGUGAGUCCACCCCCGGGGGAGGAGCCGGUUACCAUGGCGACACAUUUGAUGGACAGCAGCGUGGACCUCAGGAGGCGGACGCUGUCGUUCGACGCCACCACUCUGUCGACCAAUCAGCCUGAGUCCGGCUCUGUGGACGACUGACAUUCUUUGUCAUGCGCACCAGGCCCCGCCCCCUGCCUUGUGCUGGUCAAUCACAGGUUUUUGUGUGUUCAGACUGCUCCCCCCGCCCCGUGCAAUUUUUAUUUUAUUUUUUUGCACAAGAUGCCCAACUUUCGAGACUUUUAGCCUUUAGUGUACAUUGACCACAAGUCAACUUCCCUUUUGCUUGUUCUGUACACCUGCUUCCAUCCAACUUCUUUGCCCUUGCGCCUCAAGCCUAGGUCACAGUACCAUUUAAAAUGAUCUGUCUUCCUAAUGUUUUGUCCUUCAUGUUCCCCAUAGGACAUAAUGGAACUAGAAAAGUCUGCUCCAGGCUCUUCCUUCUAACUUCUUAACUGUCAUACUUGUGUAAAAACAGGUUAACUAACCACUGUUCAAAGGAAAACAACCAAACAAUAAAACACGCCGUCGUAACUUCAAUAAGAUAUGUUUAACUGCUCUUCAUCGUAAAAUGUAAUAUCAAUAAAACGCUACCUUUAAUAAGUGAUGAUGCUUGUCACAAAAAAACCCAAAGUAAAAUCAAAAUGCACAUAAAAUACUCUUUGAUGCAAAAAUUGCUGACAUUUUAAUUUUUUACAACCAUUUUUCCCCCAUAGAAUAUGUAGUGUGACCUAGGCUUUAGCGGUCUCUACCUCUGCCCGUUCGAUGCCCCCCCCCCCCUCCCCCACACACACACACUCAAUAAUUAUUGAGCUAUUCCUGCCUGAUGAGUUUCACUUUUAUGGCUUUAUAUUCUCAGGGUAGAAGUAGCGUUAGACUGCCCCCUGCUGUGUGAAAUUGGACUUGAAUCACCUUUUUGGGGGGCUUCCAUGUGACCUAAAACGCAACAAUUUAUGCAAUGUGUAUCCUGGUGAAAAUGUAUGUGUUUUAGGGGUUUUGAACACAAGCCCUCAGGACUCUCUCAGUAGGGCCCCCUGGAUAGUUGAAAAAAAAUUAAAUAAAUCAAUAACAUUCAGCCCCAGACACCCGGUUUAUCCAUUGACAUAAAAUUGGGUGGACACACGGAAAAUGAAUGAAUGAAUGUCUAUGAUAACAGGACGUACAAACAUGUCUGAAGGACCUAUGUAUGAAAUUGAACAGGAAGUUAACCAUUUUGCUCUGAAGAAGCCAUUUUUGGAGAAUUCCAAGGCUGCUACUCGGGAAUUUGCCCAAAUGAGUUGAAUUGAUCACCUUUUUAGGGGACUCAACAUGCCUGAAAACUCACCCGUUUUUGCAAGCGUGUGCAUGCUGGUGAAAAUUUAUGUGUAUUAAAGUAUUUUGGGGUCCUCUACACAACACCCAAUAAUAUACAUUAAUACAUAAAAAUACCCCCGUUGUCUGUUGCACAGAUUGACGUGUGAUUGG